AUGUCAUACUCGUCGUCCUCAUCGGAUCCUCUCCUUGACCCACCAACUCAUCAGGCACUUGUAGUCAGAUCUCUCCUAAGUACAACGGCGGAGGAGCGCGAGAAGAUACUGCAAGAUGUCGAGUACAACAUAUUCGCUUUUCCGGCAGCGCUGGUUACCUGUGAUUACCUGUCAGAUUCAGGCACCUCGGCGAUGACCGACCUGCAAUGGUCAGCAUUAAUCAGGGGUGACGAGAGCUAUGGGCGCAACUGGGGAUACUACUGCCUGCUAGAGACAUGCCGAGACGUCUUCGAGCGCGGCAACGACCGCCAGUACGCAGCGCACAGCGUCGUGGUGGGAACAGCCGACGGCGACUUCUACCGAAGCAAGCUGCUCAAGCCCCACGAAGGCGGCUUCGUCAAUGGCGGGCCGCACCAGCUCGAGAGGCCCAACUUCUUCAUUGUGCCGCAGGGGCGCUGCGCCGAGUUUCUGCUCUUCUCCACGCUCAGAGACGUGAUCGCGGAGCAGACGGCGCAGAAGGAGGAGCGCCACGGCGGACCAAGAGUGAUAAUCAGCAAUGGCUUCUUUGACACGACGGGGGCCAAUGCCGCAGCGGCCGGGUUUGCUCUCGAGACCUUCACCCAGCCUGGCCUGACUGAUGCGUUCCCCGAGGAGCGCGUCGGCAAACAGAACUCAUUCAAGGGAAACUUGGACGUUGUGGCAACCGAGGCCUGGCUGGAUGAGCACCCGGCAAAAGCCUGCAUGAUAUUGAUGACGAUCACGAACAACUGGGCCGCCGCACAGCCGGUAUCAAUGGGCAAUAUCCGCGCAGCAGCCGAGUUGGCAAGGCGAAAAUCGAUACCCCUGUUCUUCGAUGCCUGCCGUUUUGCGGAGAACGCUUGGUUCAUUCGCGAGUUUGAGGCUGGAUAUGCAGACAGGACGAUCCCUGAUAUCGUCCAGGAGAUGUUCUCCUACGCUGAUGGGUUCACCAUCAGUCUGAAGAAGGACGGUCUUUCGAACAUGGGCGGUAUCUUGAGUUUCAGGGACCAGGGCUUAUUUGCUCAGCGGUACGAAGGAAUCGGGCUUCGCCUGAAGGAGCGUCAGAUCUUGUUCUAUGGCAAUGAUUCUUACGGAGGAAUGAGCGGCCGGGAUAUGAUGGCUUCCGUGAUCGGAUUAUGCGAAGUUACAAAAGAGCCUUACCUUCGAAACCGCAUCGGCCAAGUACGGUCCUUCGCCCAGAAGCUUCAGGCCAGCGGUGUCUCUGUCCUCUCCCCUCCCGGCGGCCACGCGGUCUACCUCGACAUGGAUGACUUCUUCCACGGCUGCGAUAGGCACCCGGGCGACUUCGCGGCCGUGGGCUUCACCCUGGAGCUCCUCAAAGACUACGGCAUCCGCGCGGCCGAAGCCGGACCGUUCGGGUGGGAAUGGGACAAGAAGCCCCCUGAACAGCAGGCCCUCAUACCGAACCUGGUUCGAUUCGCCGUGCCACGUCAUGUGCUUUCCGACACGCAUAUCAGCUACACAGUUGGAGCCAUCAAGGAGCUGCACAGUCGGAGACAUUCCAUACCUAAUGUCAAGAUUACCAGGGGCAAAGACAUGAGACUCCGGCACUUCUCGGCUGGCAUGAAACCCGUUCCUGUGGACCAGACCGUGAAAGGGACAUAUCUGAGUGAGGCUAAGCGGCAGAUGAUUCUCCUAUCUCGAGCACUGGAACUGGACAGCACUCAAGACGAACGGCUACUGGAAGCCUUAGAUGUCUCAAUGAGGGACUGGGGCCAUUCGCCCAUUCCUCAUGACGUUGACUCGUUGCCAUGGGUUUCUCAUGUCAGCAACGACCAUUCGCCCUUUGAGUACUCAGUCGUGCUGGACCAAAAGACGGGGGAACCAGAGCUGCGGUUCCUGGUAGAAGCUCAGCCGCUGGGGGACGAGAGCCAGGGAAUGCUGACCCAGCUCCAAGCGGAGGCGUCGUCGCUGGUCGAACGAAUAGCAGAUCGAUACAGCGCAAGGGUCUCCACAGACCGUUUCAACACCAUCCGGGACCUGUUCAUGCCCGGAAACCCCGAGGGGUUCUUCGCCGCAUGGUGUAGCUACGCCUCAAGCGAAGACGGCCCGAAGUGGAAGAUCUAUCUCAACCCGCGCUGCCGGCCCGGCCGCGACGAAGCCAUGGCGGUAACGCGCAUAGCGCUGGAACGCAUCGGCCUGGCCGAGUCGUGGGCGGUCGUGGAGAGCACCAUGGCGGCCAGCGAGUCGGUCAUCUACUUCUCGCUUGACCUGUCGUCCGACACGGACCACCACAGCCGCGCCAAGGUGUACAUCUCGCACGGGACGACGCGCGCGUCGGACGUGGCACAGAAGCACGCGGCCGUCUGCCCGCACGCGGACCCCUACGAGAUCCAGCGCUUCUGCGAGACCAUUGGCGGCGGCAGUCUCGGGCCCUACGACCGGAAGCCGCUGCUCUCCUGCUUCGCCUUCACGAGCGGGACGGCUGGCCGGCCUGUCGGAACGGUGCAUUUCCCCAUCAGCGCGUACGCCGAAGACGACGCGCAGAUCCGGGCGCGCGUCGAGCGGUACAUGGCGGCGGUCUCGGUGCCGGCGCUGUACAAGCAGCGCUACAGGAAGAUGGUCAGCGCGGUGCAGCGCAGGCCGCUGAACUCGGGCACGAGCAUUCAUUCUUGGGUCAGUCUGAAGCAGGCCGCCGGGGGCAAACAGUCCAAUACGUUCUACAUCUCCCCGGAUCUGUUUGGGUCGCCCAAGAAGGGUUUGUAA